AUCAGGUGGAGUCCAGUGAGACGGUACCAGAAGCUCAGAGCAUUUAUAACUCCAAACUGGGUGGAAGUUUCACCAAACAGCAGCACUUCAUCUCCUUCACUUUGACUCUGCUGGUGGACAUCAGCUCAGAGUUCCUCAUCAUGUCUCUGUGUGUUGUCAAGAUCUCCUGGAUGGUCUUUGUCCUCUUCAGCAUUGGAGCUUGUCUUCCUGCUAAACAAGGUCAAAGUGGAUCUGGAGUUGGACCUGCUGGUUCUGGCUACAGCAGCACUUCUGGUUCCAGUGUUGGUUCUGGCCCAGAUGGGAACCUGUUUGACCAGCAGCUCGCCAGCAUUGCUCGCUUCCUUGCAGAGAUCCUGAGCUUCAGGCCCAACCGUCCUUUCCCUCGUGAAGCCUGGACCUCUGAGCAUGUUCCUGUUGGCUCUGUUGAGCAGCGCCCUCUGUACCCUUCAUCCCACGUGGUCCAGUCCAGCAGCGGCUACCAGCGAGCUCGGGACUUCAGUUCUGAUGCCAAAUACACUACGGAUAUCUUUGACCACCUGGAUGUAGAUGGAGGCAAACAAGGUGGAUCCUCAAAGACUGGAUCUAAGGGACAGAAGGGUUACUGAGGCUGACUGCUGAAUGAAAUUGUAGAUUUAAUAAAGUUCUAGUUGUGGUGUUUAAA